AUGUAUCUCAGAUUGCCAUGGCUUCUUUCCAUGGUUUUUCUGCAAGCACAUUUGCUUUUCAUUGGGCACAGCAUUUCUGUGAAGGGCGGCAGACAAGACGAGCAGACAUGCGCACCGCUGUCAAAUCAGGAGCUUUACUCUUCGGUCAAAGUCUCCAUUGGCGACCCUGCGCAGACCUUUGACUUGGUAGCUGAUACUGGCAGUGACUCGUGCAUUGUGAAGGACUGCACGUGCAAUCAAUGUCCAGCAGAGUGGGGAGGCUGCUUCAAUGGCCGCAAGAGCUCAAAAUCAUUCAAGUUGCCAAUGUUCCUGGUUAAAGAAGCAGAAACUGAUACACCCAGAGAAGCUCCUGCGUCGAUGGUAAUGAGUUUCGGCAGCGGAGACAUCUCGACACAGGUGGCUUCAGACCAGGUCCAACUUGGUGCUGUACAAGCUUACAUGGAGAAUGGCUUGCUGCUGAUGGUGGAUCAUGGUAUCAACCUGAAAGGUCACUUUGAGGGCAUUUUGGGCUUGGGUCGGCCAGUGGUCAAGACUGAGAAGACCGAGUCCGAGUCCCAUGAUGGAAAGCCCAAGAUCAAAGUGCCAAGUUUCCUCGAAACUGCCGGUGUGCGACGUUUCUCCAUGUGUUUCAACCACAAUGCGGAUGGCACCCUGGGCCUCAAAACGGUCCCGCGCGAGAAUUUGCUGACCUCUACAGGAAAAGUCCACUGGUCCCUGAACUUCCAUGGACUGUCUAUUGGGGAGCUAAAAGUGGACCUCUGCAGCAGCUCAAAGUGCAGUGUGAUUCCGGACAGCGGCACCACCCUUUUCUCCGGGCCUGAAGCCCAGAUUGCAAGCAUCUACGAAGCCCUUUGCCUCAGCUGGCAACGAUGCAGGCAGACUCACACAAAGCUCCGAGCGGAAAUGCAAAGAUUGUCCGAGGAAGGAGUGGAAGUAGAAGGAACUUCUGAGAGGAAGGUUGGACUUCUUGAAUCAAAUCCGGAUGAAUUCCUGGACAUCGUCUCAAAUCUUGCAGCUCGUAGCGGCGAAGGUGUGGCAUUUGCAGCUGAAGGGCCAGGAUGGACAAGUCAAGCUACAGGAUUUGACACGGCCAAACUCGCACGUGAUGCGUCCCAAAACCUCCACGGAGCAACACAGUCAUCUGAAUCUGAUUCCGAAGGUCCAGGCAGUUUUGAGCUGCCACCGGCUCUAACACUUCAAUUGCUGUUGGAGCAUUGUGAGCAGUGGAUUGAGAAGGUGGACAUCAACAAGGAGAUGCCAGCAUUAUCUUUCUACGUCAGUGGCGCCAAUGGGAACAAACAGGAGGUUAAGAUCUCGCCUUACAACUAUGUUUUGUCCAAACGCAUGGAUGUCGAGGUACCCAGCAUUCGAAAUGUCUUCGGCUUCAAAUUGAACACCAAACACCUCGAACGCAAGAAAGUUUGCACUAUGGCCUUCACUCCCACGGACUACUCCACGAUAACUGACGGGCAAAUUUGGAUCAUGGGCACGCCUCUCUUCUAUGAGUACACUGCGCAUUAUGACCGGGGCAGUGGUUCAGAAGAUCAGGUGGCAAUGGCGUUUACUCGGCAAGAUCAGGAGGAGUGCGGUCAAUGCAAAGGCAUGAAGAUUGUGAGAUCCCAAUCGCUGAUUGCUGAGGCUGCUGAAGGUGGUGCUGAAGGACUUGACAUUGAUGGUCUUCGUUCAGCCAAUGGUGUCGCUCCUUCAGUACCUUUGGGCAAGGCCUUACUGCAAGGUGGUGGAGGCUUGCGACUCUACAAAGUCACAGCAACGACAGCAUCGAAAGCAAAGCCCAAUGAAACUCCAACAGACAGUUCUCCCAGCUUUCAAUUCCGAAGUUCUCAAGAGCUUGAAGCUAUGAGCGCUUCCAAGCUGAAGCAAGUGGCACUAGAACUUCAGCAGGGGGGAAGAGGCAAGUCCUUACCCAUAGCUCCAGCUCAUCGAGAUGGGCUCAUCCUUUGGAUUUUGAAGGCGCAAGCCAUCAAACCUCCAGCUUCCAAACCUGCAGCUGGUGCCCCAACGGAGCUUGGACAACUGGCAAAUCAAGGUGCCAGGGCUGUGGCAUUCUUUUCUGAAGAUAUCUGA